CAACGCUACACAGCCUGACGCGGUGGCGGUAGCGGAGCGCAGGCAACCUCUUCAGAGAGCAGUCGCAGGAUCGAGCUUCUGUUUGAUCAGCAAGUGUGGCCAUGGCUGCAGUGGGCCGCGAUUUCAAGCUCAAGCUCAGCGCAAGCCAGUGAAUGCCUUCAGUGUUGUUGGAGCCACGAGCAAAUGCUUCAGUUCUACUUGUGGACAGCCUGUUGCUCCUUCUUCGAAGUCAGACAACGUUCAUCCCGUCAGCAGGAGUAGUUGUAGUACUCGUAGCGCAGUCUGUGAUACUCAUGGCGUACAGCGCUUUUUGUUUGAAACGCCUGCGCGAAUUCCGCGACCAAGAACAACGCAGAAAAGCGACGAAGGCUACAACCUACACCCAGUCAGACAAGGAGCAAAAGUGCCAGAACCAGGAGCGCCAUCACAUGAUGUCAGCGGACUUUGUUGCAACCUUUCACAACCUUCUUCUAGCACGACUACGCACAGCGUGAAUGGACACGACUAUGACCAUGAAAAACAAAGCGCGAAGCAUCUCGCUGUCGCAGAUUCAGGAGAGCCUAGAAACCAGAUAGAGACUGCAAAUGCACUAGAACCAAAAGCGCUCUUGUCAGCUCCUGGCGCUGAUCGUCUUGAAACUACUGAUUAUCCCCAGCGCCAAGGGGUUUCUUCUAAAGUGGAGAAGACGUCCGCAGCCGCACCUGCACAAAAACCGACGGCUUCAGCGGCAAGAACGAAAUGGAUCGCCAAGGGUUCGCUCUCUCUAGCGGCUGACUUGGCUAGUAUUUUCAGAAAUACAAAUGAAGCAUCACACUCACAGAAGGAGCAUGGAAGCGCCGUCGACGUCAUCCUGCACGAGGCUGAAAAUAGUAGUGCUGUAGAAGAUGAAGGCGUAGAACAGCGUCUGCAGCUGUAUCAUCAUGCACCUGACGCAAACACGGAUCAGAAUU